AAAUUAUCUGGCAACAAAUGGCCGAUUAAUUGCAUCAGUCAUCGGUUGUUAUAUCACAUGUGGUAGCUGUUUUUAUUUAUUUACAUAUUGUAAAAAUGGUCCUUACUUGUCGUUUCUACAAGAACAAGUUUCCAGAGGUGGAAGAUGUGGUUAUGGUGAAUGUUCGCUCUAUAGCAGAAAUGGGUGCUUAUGUUAGGCUCUUAGAGUACAAUGACAUAGAAGGUAUGAUCCUUCUCAGUGAAUUGUCCAGAAGGCGUAUUCGUUCAAUCAACAAACUCAUUCGUGUUGGGCGAAGUGAAUGUGUUGUAGUUAUAAGGGUUGACAAAGACAAAGGUUACAUAGAUCUGUCAAAACGUAGAGUGUCUCCAGAGGAAGUCAUUAAAUGUGAAGAGAAAUUUGCCAAAGCCAAAGCUGUUAACAGCAUAUUAAGGCACGUGGCAGAGCUAAUGGGCUUCAAAAGUAAUGAAAAGUUAGAGGAACUGUAUGAAAAAACUGCUUGGUUCUUUGAUACUAAAUACAAUAAAGCUGGAUCUUCAUAUGAGGCAUUUAAACAUGCUGUACAAAAUCCGAAUGUCUUAGAUGAAUGUGACAUUGAUGAAGCCACAAAGAAAUGUUUACAUGACAAUAUUUGCCGGAGACUAACACCUCAGUCUGUUAAAAUUAGGGCUGAUAUUGAUGUUGCAUGCACAUACUAUGAGGGUGUAGAUGCAGUGAAGAGAGCUUUGAAGAAAGGUUUAGAAAUGUCCACAGAAGCUAUGCCUAUUAAGAUCAACUUGAUUGCUCCACCCCUGUAUGUAGUAACAACCAACACACUGGAGAGGACAGAAGGGCUGGAGAGGUUAAAUAAGGCUCUUGAUGCUAUCAAAGAGGAGAUCCUGGCAGCUAAAGGAGUCUUUAAUAUUCAGCAAGAGGCAAGAGUUGUCUCUGAUAUGGAUGAAAUUGAAUUGGAGAAACAGUUACAGAAACUUGAAGAGGCUAAUGAAGAAAAAGCUGGUGAUGAUGACUCUGAAGAAGAGGAUGGUGAUGAUGAUGAAAAAAAAGGAGAUAAUGAAGAUGACGAUGUGGCUAUUGAUGGGGAUGAGGAUUAAAUGAACAGUAUGAAAUUGAAGAUUGCUCUGUGAAUAUUUGGUGAGGAAAGUCUUAUUGUAAGAGUUCAGUUUGUUGAGUUCUAUUUGACACCAUUGCUACCUGAUAUUCUAUUUGUAGGGCCAAUCUAGUCCAGUUAGUAAAAGAACAUGGAAACCUUGAAUCCUUGUGAUCUUUUUUUUUUUUUUUGACAAAAAAUGUAUGAAGAAAAGCAGAAUAAGUAUUAUACAUCUUUUAUUGAGCUAUACAAAUAUAAUAUAAAUGCAAAUACUACAAAUACUUCAUCGAACUAUCAGAAAUUGAUAGUUAUCAGGCUCCAUAUAUUGGUACAUAUGGAUGUAUAGUUAAUAGAUUUUAAAAGCAGAAUUUUUUCUUGCAUCUCUACAGUUCCUUGUAUUUGAAAUGAAUACUUUCAUAAAGUAUACUUUGGUGAUUAAACUUAAAAUAAAAAUUGACUUGAACUCUCACAUUUUUUUUAUGCUUGAGGUCAUUUGUCAAAUUGAAUGUGAUCUAGGUUUUAUAUUUUAAUUCAUUUUAAAAGACGGAUUAGUAGCAGAGAGCUCAACUGGACUGGUUCAACAUUUAAUGAUAUGGUAUCAGCUGAAUCCAUAACCCUAAUUGCAUUUUGAUUUUAUUUUUCAAGGAUGGGAGUUGAAUUUUACUCAUAUAAUGAACAUAAAGUACAGCAAAGAUGUUUGAUUAUAAAUAUUUGUGUACUGUCAUUUUUGUAAAUAAAUUCUGGUCCAAUCA